AAUAGUAGCAACAUUUUCAUCUGGCAGCACUGCGUACGAAUACGAAUACGAAUACGAAUCGAGUCGAGCCCAGCCCAGAAAAGCGGAAAACUCGGAACAGACUCGCCAGCGGUUGAGAAUUUCAAUAAAUUGAGUCAGCAGCAACAUGCAAACCAUCAAGUGCGUGGUCGUCGGCGACGGAGCCGUGGGCAAGACCUGCCUGCUCAUCUCGUACACAACCAACAAGUUCCCCUCGGAAUAUGUGCCCACUGUCUUCGACAACUACGCGGUGACCGUGAUGAUCGGCGGGGAGCCCUACACACUGGGCCUCUUCGAUACGGCCGGCCAGGAGGACUACGAUCGCCUGCGUCCGCUUUCCUAUCCGCAGACGGACGUCUUCCUCGUCUGCUUCUCGGUGGUCAGUCCCAGUUCGUUUGAGAACGUCAAGGAGAAGUGGGUGCCCGAGAUCACGCACCAUUGCCAAAAGACACCCUUCCUGCUGGUGGGCACACAGAUCGACUUGCGCGACGAGACCAGCACGCUGGAGAAGCUGGCCAAGAACAAGCAGAAGCCCAUCACCAUGGAGCAGGGCGAGAAGCUGGCCAAGGAGCUGAAGGCCGUCAAGUAUGUGGAGUGCUCGGCCCUGACGCAGAAGGGCCUGAAAAAUGUGUUCGACGAGGCCAUCUUGGCCGCUUUGGAGCCGCCAGAGCCCACAAAGAAGAGGAAGUGCAAAUUCUUAUAAUUCUCCUCCUUCCAAAUCCCACCCCCAAACCCACAUGAUGAUGUAUCCCUUUCAUUCUGGCUUUCUACUAUCGCAAUGACUCCGCCUCCUCCGCCUCCGCCUCCUCCUUUCGUCUUGUCGAGAAGCGUUCAAUAUAUACCCAUAUAUAUAUACAUAUACGCAUGAUGUAUGCUGUUUUAUGAUUUAUGUUCCAUGUUACUCUGAAGUCCCAGUUCUCCACAAGCUACUUUCCCUCUGUCUUUACCUAUUUCUCUAUUGCUAUAUUGCUAUAUUGCUAUAUCCUAACUCGGGCACAGUCUUCCGCCCCUCAGAACUUCAGCCAACAAUCAAAUCAAAAACAAGCUAUAUUUCAUUUCCGGUUCUUGGCGCAAUUUUCUUAUGUUUUAAGCAAGGAGAGGAGAAAAAAAACACAAUAUCAAUAUAGCGAAAACAAAUUAUUUAUAUAUAUUUCUUUAUAAAUAUAUACAAGAAUUAAGGAGGAAACAAAAAGCAAGAAAAUAUAAAUUUAUGAUAACAAAACAACAAUCCAGAACAAACAAAAAGCGAGAGAACCAUGCAAUUUUUUGUUUUGCAUCAGUCGAUCGAUCCAGAUCCAAGUCGGAUAUUGGAUACACACAUAUAGUCCCGAGAGCAACGUGAAGAAUAUGCCAGGUCGCGAAGAUUAUAUAAAGUAUUUAUGACAACUGACGAUGGCGCAAUGUUCAAACAACGGAGGUAGGAAGGAAUUCGCUGACAUGCAAAUAUGAAAGUGAAGCUUAUUAUGUAAUAAAAAUAAGAGUAUGAGUAUUGAAAUAUGAUUAAAAGUAAAUUAAAACAAAGGAAGAAGAUAAACAAGAACCGAACUAGGCGUUGCAUCCACAAACACACAUCUGAAAUCCACAAUCUAUAUAAAUAUAUAUAUAUAAAUCCAUAAAGUAUAACAAUAAAACCAACAAGCGGCAACAGCAAGAAAAAUUUGUAUUGUAGUUCAGCGUAAACAACAAAGAAGAGAAAAUACGAACUAAUGCAUUUUUUACUAUUUUUAUAUGUAUACAUUAUCAAUUUUUACAUUUUUUUUCUAGACCUUAGUGAUUUAACAUUAUUGAUUUCAGAUAAUAUCUUAUAAUAAAACGAAAUCCAAAACGAAA